CCUGUUACUUCAAUUGUUCCCAUCAAAGCAAGUUGGAAGAAAUGUAAUCGCAACCAGCAGGAAUUUCGAUUUAUCGGUCGAAAGUCUUUUAAAAUUCGAAAUGCUUCACACGCCGCCAACUGAAUUGGCUCAGGCUUCGAAGAGCUAUCCUACGAUUGUUGCUUGCGGAGAAACAUCAUCUGAAAUUCAAUAUUUCUGUUUGAAGGUCGAAAACCAAAUAAUACCGUUACCUGACGAUAUGGAUUUUCUGCAUGUCUUUGACCUGUUCUUCAAAGUUCAUAAAAUUUUUGAUUUGAAAUAUGAACCACGUCUCCACAAUAUGAUGGUUUUUGUGGAAAAUUUUAUCUACAAAGUAAAAAAUGAGCACAGACCGACAAAUCGUAUGUUGGAAAUCUCGGGGUACUUGGAAAUUUCGGGCCAUUUGGAAAAAGAUGAUGAUAUGGACUUAUUAGCGCCAAGCGCAGCAUGAACCUGAGCUUAUGAAUGGUCAUAUAAAAAUUUAGCGGACAAAAUGUAAUACACCCCAAAGAUCUCU